CGGCGGCGGGCGGGACAGAAUGUAGAAAGCCGCCGCCCGGCCCUGAGUAGAUGGAGCUGGCGAAGCCCGCGAGGAGCGGGGAGUGAGCGGCGGAGUGGCCGGACCUCAGCGGACUCACCAUGGAGGAGGAGGGCUUAAAGGAGGGGAGUGAGAAGCCUCGGGGAACUCGGACAGCAGACAAGGCUGGCUGGAUCAAGAAGAGCAGUGGGGGCCUCCUGGGGCUCUGGAAAGACCGCUACCUGCUCCUCUGCCAAGCCCAGCUGUUGGUCUACGAGAACGAGGAUGAACAGAAGUGUGUGGAGACUGUAGAGUUGGGUAGCUAUGAGAAGUGCCAGGACCUCCGUGCCCUCCUCAAGCGGAAACACCGCUUUAUCCUGCUGAGAUCCCCAGGGAACAAGGUCAAUGACAUCAAAUUCCAGGCACCCAGUGGAGAAGAGAAAGAAUCCUGGAUCAAAGCCCUCAAUGAAGGGAUCAGCCGAGGCAAGAACAAGGCUUUUGAUGAGGUAAAGGUGGACAAGACCUGUGUCCUGGAGCAUGUGACACGGGACCGGGUGCGGGGGGGCCAGCGGCGCCGGCCACCAACAAGAGUCCACCUGAAGGAGGUAGCCAACGCAGCUUCUGAUGGGCUUUUGCGCCUGGACCUUGAUGUUCCGGACAGUGGGCCACCAGUGUUUGCCCCCAGCAAUGAUGUCAGUGCUGUCCAGCCCUGGGAGACACCUCAGCCCCUUAUGCCUCCUACGAAGACUUCCUCAGCACUUGAGACCAGCAGCCUUAGUGAUAAGAUGGAACCCCCUUCGGCGGAGAGAGCCCCAACCCCAGUCUCAGCCACCUCUGAAGCCCAUCCUGAGAGCCAAGAGGACUCAGAGAUCCUAGUGGGGGAGGACAGUGACUCUAAGCAGCCCCCCAACAGCAUCUUGCCUGACAAACUGAAGGUGAGCUGGGAGAGCCCCAGCCCCAAGGAGCUCCCUCUUCUGGAGAGUGCUGAACUGUCCAAGGUACCCUGUUCUGAGACUGCAGAGGCUGUCCCCAGGGCGGGUGGGAAGCCCCCUACACCCCCACCCAAGAUCUUAUCAGAGAAAAUGAAAGCCUGCUUGAGUGGGAUGGAGGCUUCUGAGCCAGCCCAGAGUUCUGGGACCCUUGGAUCCUCUGCUCCAGGCUCAGCACCGUUCUCAGUGAAUGGCAUGGAUAAUGGUCCUGAGCCCAAGCCAUCCCAGGGUACAGGCACCCCAGGAACUGCCCCAGAGGAUGCAACAACAUCCACAGCACUGCCCCGCUGGGACUUGCCACCUCAGUUCCAUCCCCGCUGCUCCUCCCUUGGGGACCUGCUUGGGGAAAGCCCCCGGCAUCCUCGGCUGCCCAGGGAACAGCUGUAUCGGGCUCAACUGGAGGUGAAGAUGGCCUCAGAACAGACAGAGAAACUAUUGAACAAGGUGCUGGGCAGUGAGCCACCCCCAGUGAGUGCUGAGACGUUGCUCAGCCAGGCUGUGGAGCAGCUGAGACAGGCCACUCAGGUCCUGCAGGAAAUGAAAGAUUUGGGAGACCUGAGCCAGGAAGCCCCUGGGCUAAGGGAGAAGCGGAAAGAACUGGUGACCCUCUACAGGAGAAGUGCACCGUAGGCCUGCUGGGCUAGAGGCACAGGUCCUCUUGGCCGCCCCAUCAGAGCCCAGCCCUACUGAGAAAUGUGCUUGUGCAACUCGGCUAUAGAGGGCCACUGGGCAUGUCAGGGUUUGGUCAGGACCUGAAGAGACUCCUGGUGUCCUUCCCACUCUGCCCCGGCCAGUGGUGCCAGGUGCCAACCAGCACCACUGUCUGUCUCUCUGGCUUGGCCUCAUCUGGGGCUCUGGGCUGGGAGCACACACUCAGGCCCUGGGUGCUGAGUGGUUGUUCCAAACUUCCCCAGGGCUUUGGCACAGUUCUUGGGGUUUCUGGGGUGGCAUCAUGUCUGCUCCCCACCCCCAGUAGUUUACAUUCCUGACUUCUGAAUAGAGCACAGCUGAGCCCCACUAUAGCCCCUCCUCCCAUCUUGAGAUGUUCCCAGACAGCCUUCAAGUCAGCUUUCUUCCACCUAUUCUGAACAGAGGCCUUGGGUGUAGGCUAUAGGAUCAUCCCUCAGCUGGGUGAAACCUGGGACUCAGCUGCGGCCUUUUGAGGCAGAUGCUUUCCCACCCGCGUGAGGAAGUCAUUUGCUGUGUGGCCCCUCUCUGGGCCUGUUCAUGUUUCUGCAAAGCAAGGGCAUUUUCUGCAGCCUCCUUCUCUUUGAUGAACUACAAUUGGAGGCACAGGUCUGGAGGAUAUCAGGGAAGAAGAGGAACUCAGAGGGUCUUCUAGCUUGGUUUUUGCUUCUGGACUAGCUGUGUCCAGCCUUGCACACUCCCAAAGAGGUGAACCCCUGAGUGGCUCAGUGUCAACGUUAGAAAAACCUGUAUGUGAUUAUCAUAAGUCAGCCCUCAGAACCCCCCUCCAUCUUCUGUGCCUCCCCAGAUGGGAUUUAUCUGGGUAUCUGUGGUUCCUCAAAUCAAAUAGGUCCAGUGUCUCCAUCAUUUCCUCACACACUGAUGGGGCAUGCUGGAGUCUGACAUCACGUCCCUCUCCCCUCUGUUCCCUCUCCAGCUCAGGCCCCUGGUGGGCUGCCCCCCCUAACUUCAUAGUGGAAGGAGGAUUUUCUCCUUUCUCCCUUCCUGGUCCAUUCCUGGUCUCCUCCCAAGCCCUCUCCCGCAUAGUGCCUGGCUCUGAGAGCACAUCCAGUCUCAUCCUGCUGCAGUAAGUAGACUGAGGGUGGAGACUGGGGCCCUUAGGCAUGGGGUCGGGGCAGCCCAGGAGGUUUCUUCACGUGCAGUUUUGCUUACGGAAGAGAAGAGAGGGCCACAGCAGCAUGCCCUGGCCCUUCUGCCACUGCCCCCACCCACCCUUAGGCACCAGUCAUGCCCACUGAGACCUGCAAGUACAGAUUGAUGUCUUCAUUACUAUACUGUCACUGUUCUUGAGGGCAGUGGGCAGAGAUCAGAAGGGGCAGGUCUCCUCUGAUCUGUACCAGGUAGGGGCAGAGGUGAGCAGCAAUGCCAUGGUUCAUGAAUCCUCAUUAUCCUCUGGCCUCCGAUCUCUUCUGUAUAAGAGCAAGAAUAUUAUCAGGUGCCCACCACGUUAUGACCCCUGCCCUCAGGGAACAGCCUCCCCCACCAGCAGCCAGGACUGACUGGGGCUUUAGCCAAGUCAUCUGCUGUCAGGAAUUGGGCCUCAGUUUCUUCUUCUGUUGAGUGGCAGGGCAAGUAGCUCUGGGACCAUCUCAGUGACCAAAUGCCACUGGUUCCCAUGCUUUGACCACCUCUCUAGGGAGGAGGCAUUCUGUGUCCUCUGCUUAUGAUGCGCCUUUUUUGAAGUUUGGCAAUAAAUUCCUUUUUAUGAAACUUACCUGUCCCAAGCCUGUUUGUUGGUGUGGCAGCCAGCUCCAGGGCUGACCUUGAGGGAGCAGAGGGUAGGUGGCAGUUGGCAUCACAGGUCCCCAAACACAGUUCCAGGGCCCCCUUCCUGGAGGCUGGGCUGGAGGCAUUGCCUCCCAGCAGUGCUGGGUCCCUGCUAACUUCAGCCAGCCCCACCCAAUUCCCCCUCCCCCCAGUGUUUCUCUGGGCCAGGGUCUAAAUGUGAGGAACAGUGCUUUCCCAUUUUAAAAAACAUGAUUUGGAAAUAAAAAUGUUGCAAGAGUAAGACUAGUACAAAGAACACCCACAUGCUGUGCCCAGAUUGACCCAUUAUUUUAUCUUCUCAGCACUUUCUCUAUUCCACAUGUACACAUUAUUUCUUUUUUUCUCUGAAUCAUUGGAAAGUUGGUUAUCAUGGCCCUUUACCCCUAACUACUUCAGUAUGUGUUUUCUAAAACACAUUUUAUCAUGUAACCAUGCCAUAGUUAUCAGUAUCAGUAAACGUAACAUCAAUGUAGUAGUUUAUUUUUUAUAUUCCAAUUUUUAUCAUUUGACACAGUAAUAUCUAUUGUUUUUCCUCCUGUCAUGGUCAGCUAUUACAAUUAUCAACUCUCUUUAGUCUUCUUUAAUCUGAAACAUUUACAGUCUGUCUUGUCUUUCUUGAUUUUGGAGGAAUAGUCUUUCCUCCUAACCAUUUUUAAUAAAUCAUUCCUCCUUUGGGGUUUGAGAUUGAGAUUAUGGAUUCUUGGCCAGAAACCUGCAUGGAUGGUAGUGGUCCUUUUCAGGGUACCAUAUCUGGAGGCAUGACAUCCAUCUGACUCUGAGUGGUGCUGUUCAUUUUUAUCACCUGAGCAAGGAAUCUGAUUUUUAUACUGUGUGGUCAGUGUUUAUUCUUUUGCAAGUAAUAAGCAAUCUGUGCAAGGCGUCUUAAGACCAUGCACAAAUGUGGCACCCAACACAAUUUCCCCCGAUUUUGAGCAAUGGUUCUUAUGAACAGGUGUUUCCUAUAAAGGUUUCAAAGUGGUGGUUCCAGCUGUUUUAUCUUCUGAGCCUGGGGCUGAUUAGGGGUGAGCCUGGGCUCUGCUUUAUGCCUGUGAACCCCUGACACAUCUCAGCACCUCAAGUGUGCUCAGGGAAGCCCUGAGCUCAUGAACAGAACUCUUCAGUUUGGGUGCCAAUUUUCAAGUCCCACCCAGGGACUCUGGGUAAGUCUCAGUCUUAGGGGUCCUCAUUUUCCUCAAUCACAAAAGGGGAUUAAAAUACCCCCCAAUCCUCUGUGGGAAAGCACCGCUGUACUUGCCAAAGGCUGGCUCCGCUCCUUCUCUGUGAGGGCCACUGCACAGUCCCUGUGACCAACAUAACAGGAAGCACCUGACCCAGGACCUAUCAACUGUGGCUGUGACCCUUGUGUUCCUUGUGACUUUCCCUGUCACUGAUCUGAUGUGUGACAGCCAUACCACAUGUGUCCUACAGAAGCUGGGGAACCUCCUGAAGAACCACUUUCAGGCCCCUUCAUCUGAAAGGAGUCUUUAUUGGUGGGAGUAUCCCUUCAGCCCUGACCCAAGAAUUAGGUCCCUUCUGGAGGGCCACCUUGAAGGGAACAGCUGCUGACAUGGUGUUGGUGGCUAGCCACAGGGCUGAGGACGGUUGUGGCAAGAACUUGCCCUCUGGUCUUGAGGACUGAAGAGAAGGGGAGCCUUCUUUUUGAACAGGCUGCAAUACCUCUGGCCUGAAGUCCUGUGGGUACAGUGCAGGAUUUUGCAAACCACAAGGUGGCUGCCUUCUUCAGACAGGGUCCCGGAUGCGGGGAGGCUUGGUGGCAGUUUAUCCCUUUUGCCUUCUCUUGUUACCUCCACCUGAGCCUGGGCCCUGGAAGCAUCCUGUGUCUCCGGAACCACUGUAUUUUGUGCCUCCUCCUAAUCUCACUUUCCUACCUCUCCUAACCUUCCUCUCAAGUCCCAGAUAAAUAGAACUUUCAGAAAAGACCACAUGGACUCACUCAAGUGGAGGUUUCUGUGUGAGGGAACAAGAAGGGUAGAGUGAUGGCAGAAAUUCCUCCCUGUAGUCAUAAUCUUAUUAAAGAAAUAAAAUUUCUGCCUGAAACAAUUGGGUGCAAGUAGAAAAAACAUACUUUAGGUUUGAAGACAGACACACCUAAAUUCAAACCCCAAGAGUGGAACUGGAGGUAGCUCCGUGGGAGAGCACUUGCCUAGCUUGUGCAAGGUCCCCGGGUUCACUCCCCAGUACCACAAAAAAUAAACAAACAAAAAAAAAACCUCAAGAGUGACUUCAGACUAACUGUGCCUGUUUUCCUAUCUGUAAAAUGGAUGAGUUCUCUCUCCUCUGCAAGGGUGCUGGGGAACACUUAGCCCAUGGCCCAGCCCCAUAGGAAAUGCUUAAUGAACUCAGCCUCAUGGACUGUUGAUCUCUCCUUGUCACCGCAGAAGUCUCAUGAGGAAAAUUUAAUGUUCACUUCAUUUGACAGCUUUGGAAACAGGCUUAAGCAACUUGCUUAGGAGACCAAAGUUUUAGGACCUGGGAUUUUGACCCUCUGCAGUCCUGGCUUACAGCCACAACUGAGUGCUUCCUGUCAUUACUCUGGAGGGUCUGUGACUUCAGGUGGAGGUUCAGCCUGGGAACUUGGGCUUGGGGCAUCCCCACUUCCCCGCAUCUAGAAAUGCCCCAAGCUCAGCCUGGCUCCCCACCAGUUAGCCUGGCCCUAGGGAGCAGCUCAAGAGGCCUUCCUUAUAAGGACAACAAUUUAGCUGUGAUGAAACUUCUGGCCUCCCAGCUGGGCGGAGGGGGGAAGGGAAAUGACUGAGGUUCCAAGGGCUACAGCUGAGAGCUUUAGCCUCCGCAGGAACUCGCCCACAGGGCCUCCCUCUCCCCUUCCUGUGUCAGCAGCACAGUGCGGCUAUCUGGAAAGCCCCACUGGCAGGAGUGGGGAAGGGGAUUCAGGCAGGGCCUGAGAAGCCAAAGGGAUGGCUAAUGGAAGGGCAGAUAUAUAAACUGAGGCAGAGAGGGGACAGAACACUUCUCAAAGCAGAAAGCCCACAGGUCUGAACCCCACACUCUAGGCCGCCAGGGUUCAGACUGAUUAGGACCGUCAGAGAGGCCUGUGGAGGAGGUGCAAGGAUGUUCUUAGGCACGGCUUCCCUUCUCACUUUGGACUUCCAAAAUCAAGUCAUAAAGGGGAAAGGGUGGGUGCUGGUCAGUUUGCAGCAUCACCUGUCUUUCUCCUGUAACAUGUCCCUAGGGGACUGCCCUACCCUCCAGAAUUUACCAACACACUGUCCAUCUGCAAAACUAAUCAUGGAAUCACAGGAUACUGGACUGAUAAGGAUCUUUGACACCAUCUAGUCUCACCUGCUGAUUUUAAAGAGGAGGAAGU